AUGCGCAAUUACGGCAUGGACGGGUCAUUGGACCGUGAUGUCAAUCCGAUGCCCUAUGGGCUGAUCACUGUCCUUGCCUCUGCUGGAGCUCUGGAAACUGCCUACCUCACCGUGUCGAAGCUGUUGAGUGCCCCGGUAUCAUGUCCAACCUCGGGCAGCUGUGACACUGUCCUCAGCAGCGGCUAUGCCAGCGUCUUUGGGGUGCCCCUGCCUCUCCUGGGCUGCCUGGCGUACGGCGCGGUGGCAUUCAUAGCGGGGCGGCAGAGCAUGCAGGAGGCAACGCGCUCGCACCAGUCGCUGGCCGACGGCGACCGAGCGCGCUACGCCGUGCUGGCCGGCUCCACCGCGCUGGCCACCACGAGCGGGUACCUGCUUUACCUGCUGGCCACGGUGUUCAGGGGCGAGACCUGCGUCUGGUGCCUCACCUCCGCCGCGCUCUCCCUCACCACCUUCGCCUCUGCGAUGCGCGGCUUCACCAUGCGUAGGGAACUAGCAGACACUGCUGGACCAGGCAGUGGUUUGGUGGCAUCCAUCAUUCUGGGCCUGGCUUUGGCUUGGAGCAAUGUGGAAGCACCCGAGGCCCAGGCUGGAAACUUUGAGCUGCAAUACAUGGAGCCGAGGGUGAGCGAGGUCAGCACACCCAGGUCAGUGGAGUUGGCCAAGAGGCUAAAGGCAGCAGGCGCCAAGAUGUAUGGGGCCUUCUGGUGCUCCCACUGCUUUGAGCAGAAGCAGAGCUUCGGCAAGGAGGCCAUGGCCGAGCUGCCAUACGUGGAAUGCUACCCAGAUGGAUACUACAAGGAUGUCAAGCUUGCAAAGGAGUGUGUGGAUGCUAAUCUCACUGGGUUCCCAGCAUGGAUCAUCAAUGGGAAAAGGCUUGAUGGCGAGCAGACAUUUGAGAAGCUGGAGGCAGAACUUGCUCAGGCCCAGACCGUUGUGCAGUGA